AUGUUUUCCGCGCUCAAGAAGCUGGUGGGGUCGGAGCCGGCCCCGGGCCGCGACAAGAACAUCCCCGCGGGGCUGCAGUCCAUGAACCAGGCGCUGCAGCGGCGCUUCGCCAAGGGAGUGCAGUACAACAUGAAGAUAGUGAUCCGAGGGGACAGGAACACGGGCAAGACCGCGCUGUGGCACCGGCUGCAGGGCAAGAAGUUUGUGGAGGAGUACAUCCCCACCCAGGAGAUCCAGGUCACCAGCAUCCACUGGAACUAUAAGACCACUGACGACAUCGUGAAGGUGGAGGUCUGGGAUGUGGUGGACAAAGGAAAAUGUAAAAAGCGGGGUGAUGGCUUGAAGAUGGAGAAUGACCCCCAGGAGGCGGAGUCUGAGAUGGCCCUGGACGCCGAGUUCCUGGACGUGUACAAGAACUGCAACGGGGUGGUCAUGAUGUUCGACAUCACCAAGCAGUGGACCUUCAGCUACAUCCUGCGGGAGCUGCCCAAGGUGCCGACCCACGUGCCCGUGUGCGUGCUGGGGAACUACCGCGACAUGGGCGAGCACCGCGUCAUCCUGCCCGACGACGUGCGCGACCUCAUGGACCGCCUGGACCGGCCGCCGGGCUCCUCCUACUUCCGCUACGCCGAGUCCUCCAUGAAGAACAGCUUUGGCCUCAAGUACCUGCAUAAGUUCUUCAACAUCCCGUUCCUGCAGCUGCAGAGAGAGACGCUGCUGCGGCAGCUGGAGACAAACCAGCUGGACAUCGACGCCACGCUGGAGGAGCUGUCGGUGCAGCAGGAGACUGAGGACCAGAACUACAGCAUCUUCCUGGAGAUGAUGGAGGCGCGGAGCCGCGGCCGCACGUCCCCGCUGGCGGCCAACGGGCAGAGCCCGUCCUCGGGCUCCCAGUCACCUGUGGUACCUGUGAGCGCCGUGUCCACGGGGAGCUCCAGCCCCAGCACGCCCCAGCCGGCCCCACAGCUGCCCCUCCCCAUCCCCUCCGCCUGCCCCUCCCCACCACCCCCCUCAGAGGCCCCGCCGCCCCCAGCACCCCCCGUGGCCCCCGCUCCAGCCCCGAGACGCAGCAUCAUCUCCCGGCUGUUUGGGACCUCGCCAGCUGCCGAGGUGGCCCCUCCCCCCCCAGAUCCGGUCCCUGCGGCAGAGGCCCCCGCGCAAGUCCAGGCCGUCGAGGAGUUUGUUCCUGGGGACGGCCUGGACCACAGCUUCCUGGACGACGUGGCCCCCCCGAAGGCAGAGCGGACAGUGGAGGCCGAGGCCCCUCCGGACAGCGACAGCGAUGGGGAGGCCCCUGGAGGGAACCCGAUGGUGGCGGGUUUCCAGGACGACGUGGACCUGGAAGACCAGCCGCACAGCAGGCCCCUGCUGCCCACGGGCCCCGUCUCCAGGGAGAACAUCCCUCUUUCCAACGAGGAGGCAGCAGGACCCCCCAAGGCUGCUGCCCUGAUCCCCCAGAAGUGCUCCGAGCCAGAGACCAAACAGCCCUCCACAAAGGCCCCGAGGCCGCACCGGCGAACAGAGGGCUCCUCCCAGGGGCCCGGCGGGACGGACGAGCCGGCAGCCUCGUCCGAGAGUGACGCCGAGGGGCCCAUCGCCGCGCAGAUGUUGUCCUUCGUCAUGGACGACCCCGACUUUGAGAGCGACUCCGACCCGCCUCGGAGAGCGGACAAGUUCCCCGUGCGGGAGGAUCUCUCCGACGUGACGGACGAGGACACGGGCCCUGCCCCGGCGCCCCCGCCGCCCAAGCCCCUGGCCCCCGCCUUCCGAGUGAAGGACGACUUGGACCUCUUUGGCCUGGGGCUGGAGGAGCCCGGCCACAAGGCGAGCAGCAGUGAAGAUAAGGAGGGCAGGCCUCCCUCCAAGGAGAAGAAGAAGAAGAAGAAGAAAGACAAGGAGGAGGAAGAAAAGGCGGCCAAGAGGAGGAGCAAGCACAAGAAGGCCAAGGACCGCGAGGAGGGCCGCGAGGAGCGCAGGCCGCGCAGGGGCAAGAGGGCUGCGGACGAGCUGGAGGCCUUCCUGGGGGGCGGGGCCCCCGGCGGCCACCUCCGCGGGGGCGGGGACUACGAGGAGCUGUAG